GAUAAAUGAGCUGGUCCCUCGGCAAAGCUGGGCUCGAGAGCCUUGUGACCAGCCUGGGGAAGUGCAAGCAUGGAACUAAUACGCACCUUACCUCGCCUGUUUGCAGAUACCAGCCAGAAAAAGCACCAGGAGAGGAAAGACACCCGGUGGAUGUCUUCACAGAAGCCCAAAGGGACGAUUGAAUACACGGUUGAAUCGAGGGACUCUUUGAAUAGCAUCGCACUCAAAUUUGACACGACACCUAAUGAGCUUGUGCAACUGAAUAAAUUGUUCUCGAGAGCUGUUGUUCCAGGCCAGAAUCUCUACGUUCCUGAUCCAGACUAUAUCUCCAGUGUGGAAAGUUCGCCAUCACUGAGUCCUGUCAGCCCAUUGUCUGCAACCUCUUCAGAAAUAGAGUUUGAGAAACCUUUGGAUGUAGACAAUGUUCAACGCAAAGAUUCAACCGCUUCACCGACACACAGUUGCAUUCGACCAGCAAGAGUCGUAUCGUCCACUUCAGAGGAAGAGGAAGCCUUUACAGAGAAGUUUCUUAAAAUUACAUGCAGAUACAUAACUCAUGACAAGGGAGCAGUCACUGGUGUCCUCCUUGUGACUCCCAACAACAUUAUGUUCGAUCCUCACAAGCAUGAUCCUUUAGUAAAAGAACUUGGCUGCGAGGAAUAUGGCAUCAUGUGUCCCAUGGAGGAGAUCCUUUCAGCCGCUAUGUACAAGGACGUUUUGGAUAGUAAAAUCAAAGAAUCUUUACCUCCAGAACUUAAAUAUUCUGUGUCAAUCAAAGAUGUUCAACAGUUAAACCGAAGAACAAGGAGUAAUACAGAAGAGGUUGACUCCAAAUUACUAGAUACAGGGAAUGACAGCAACAGCACAGCUCCACGAAGCACAGAGGAAUCCUUGUCUGAAGAUGUAUUCACUGAAUCAGAACUGUCCCCUAUUCGGGAGGAGCUGGUGUCUUCUGAUGAGCCAAGGCAAAAUAAAUCAUCAGGAGCUUCCUUGGAAUCUGUGCAAACAAUAACCCAGUCUGGUGUGGAAGGAUGUUUCUUGCCUUCGUCUGUGGAAAUAUCAGAAGCUAAUGAAAAAAUAUUGGCUCAUACAGGUGACAAACCGGUUGAAAUAAAGGGAAAUGAAAAUCAAACUGUUGAACAAACUCUAAAUGACGAAUGCGCUGAAGGUUUGGAGACACAUCACAGUGAGGGUGAGCAGCCUUCCAAUCAUAGUCAUAAUGUGACCUGUGAGCACAAGGAUUCUGAUGCUGAUGAGUUGAAAGCAGCAGGCAGUACAACUCAAACUGCACUUGCUGUGGAUUCCUCAGAAGUGUGCGAGAAAGCGAGCAAUGAUGAAAUGAGGAAAUCAGGGGAGGAAUGUGCUCGGGAUUCUGAGACCGAGGUGGAGGAGCUCCGAAAACUGUGGAAGACCCAUACUAUGCAACAGACUAAAGAGCAGAGGGAAACAGUACAACAGGCUUCCAACAAAGAAGUCGAGCUGAAACCAGGGAAAAUGACAGAAGGAUCUUUCGAAGGCAAUAUUGUACCAAAGGAGAGAAGACGACAUCGAUCUCACAAAUUUUUAUGCCUGAGAGUUGGGAAGCCAAUGAGGAAGACAUUUGUGUCUGUAGCAAGUGCAUCCAUGCAACAGUAUGCCCAGAGAGACAGGAAACACGAGUAUUGGUUUGCAGUGCCACAUGAACGGGCCGAGCACCUAUAUGUUUUCUUCGUACAGUGGUCUCCUGACAUUUAUGCAAAUGAGACUGGAGAGUCGUCAAAGGAACCAGGAUUCAUGGUUGCCACAAGGAAUGAAGAAUCUGAAAUGAGCGAGCAUUCCAUCAAUGAAUUGGCACUAAAAGAUUGGGAGGUAGUAUCAGUGACUGAGUACCAUCGCAGGAUCGAUGCUCUAAAUACUGAAGAACUGCGCAAGCUCUGCAGACGUCUCAAGAUAACGACACGGGAAGAAACUAGUCUGAGGCAAAAUCCAACUUCAAAGCCUGACUUGGAGCCUGAAACAUUUUGGCCAAACCUGAGUGAAAACAGUGAACUGCUCCAAACAGAUCAAAUAGAAAAGCUUGCUAAAAAUCUGCCGCCUCGAACUGUUGGUUACCCAUGGACACUAAUUUACAGUACUGCAAAGCAUGGCAUGAGUCUAAAGACACUGUAUCGUAGUAUGACAGGUGUCGAUACACCAAUGCUGCUAGUUAUCAAAGACAGCGAUGGCCAGUUAUUUGGUGCACUAGCAUCCGAACCAUUUAAAGUUAGCGAUUGUUUUUAUGGCACAGGGGAAACUUUCCUUUUCACGUUUUAUCCAGAAUUUAAGAUCUUCAAAUGGACAGGCGAUAAUAUGUUCUUCAUAAAAGGAGAUAUGGAUUCUUUGGCUUUCGGUGGUGGAGGAGGAGAAAUUGGAUUGUGGUUGGAUGGAGAUCUGUACCAUGGGCGCAGCCACGCGUGUAAAACAUUUGACAAUUGCAUCCUUUCAAAGAAAGAAGAUUUCUAUGUACAGGACAUUGAAAUAUGGGCUUUUGAGUGAAAAAUAUUUCACAUAAGCACUGAAGAAAUUAAUGUUCCUCUCGACUGUAGGACCCCAAAACCUAAAUGUAUCAGUGCAGCAAAGAUGAAUCUCAGCAUAUCAAAACUGACGUUCCAGCCUUCAUUAGAGCAACCCAACCAAUUUCAUUAAGGGGUAACUAGAGUGAACUUGCUUUAAGUGGUGAAGCUUAUUGAAAAUAACUGAAGUGAUGAUGCUACAUUUGUCAAAUAUAUAAUAUCUAAAUUCUAAAUAUCAGCCUCUGGUCCAGGUUAAAUUAAUUCAUGAAAACCCAGUUAAUCAAACUGAAUCCUGACAUGUUGAAAUUGCAGGCGUGAUCCGAUCAAAACCAAGCAAAUAAAUAUUCCUAUCUUAUGGAUGUGAAUCUGGUUUUGAUUUGUAUGGGAAUUUAGUUUUGAUUUGUAUGGGGAAAAUAAAUCUGGGUAAAGCCGUUCUUGCUGCAAGUUCAGAAUACAUACUGUAAACAUUUUGGCUUUGGUCGCACAAAAUAGCUUGGAUUGCUCCAAAUGUUCAACCAUUUUUAAAGAAUACUGCAGUCUUCUCGCAAAGCUAAUGGAAAAAAUAGAAAUAUGUCAAGAAAUAAGCCUCGUGUCAACAGAGUUGUAGGUUUGUUUAAUGCUGCAAAGGAGGAGUAUAUUUAGUAUUUAUUGGGCAUAUAUUUAUCCUACUAUUUAGCUUCAUAGCACACUAAACUCCCAAGCACAUACUGAGUACCCAUAGUUGUGCUGUCUGUCAAUGUGUGUACAUUGUGAGUGCAACUAACACCACCCUACAACAGGAUAGUGUAGGUACUGUUGAUAGUAGGAUAAUUUUUUCGAGUUGUGAAAUUUGCAAAUUAGUCGUGACCUCAAACCACCUAAGCAGCUAUGUUUCACAGUAAUUUCUGGCCUUGUCAUAGAGAAUGAAUAGAGCCAGUGAAAGCAAAGCUUUUUUCUGUAUUUAGUCAAGUCUGAAACAUCACUUUUUUUAAAAAACAAAUUAAAAUAUUUCUGUUCUGGGUGUGACGGUUACUUCUAGUGCUGAAAAUCCAGCUGUUCCAAGUGCAUUGUAUAUUAACCUGUAAAUUAAAGGAAAAUGUACACUGUUCCACAGUUUAAAAAAAGUGGAAUGGUGAAUUGAUUAUAAUAUUUUGAAUUACAAUAAAAAUUAACUCAGGCCUGUUAAUUUUAUUGGCUUUAGUUGCAGCCAAUUGUUUAGUACAUUUCCAAAUUUAAGUUUUGGAUUGUUGGAAGAGAGUUUGCUGCUACAGUUCAAAAAGGCAUAUUUUCUGAACUAUGUUUAUGCUGAAUGUGAAAAAUACAUCAGUUUGCUCUGUUUUUGCCUAAUGUACUGUAACUUUGAUGGGAUGUAGCCUGACUGUUUACAGAUUUUUUUUUUCAAAAUGAAUCACAUAAUCUAACAGCUUUUCUUCCCCUUCAGUCCUCCACAGCAGUAUUAUUGUCUUUGUGGAGUUGCCGCUACCCAUAUAUUAAAACAAUAUUUAAAGUCCUAGAAUUAUCACAGUACUGCAAUGUAAUGGUGAUGUAUAGUAGAAUAAAUUAUUGGAACCAUA